GUGUCGGGUGCGCCUUAUAUAAUUCUAAGAAUUUGACUAUUUACGCUGCCGUUCAGUCAGUAUCUUAGGUCAGUAAAGGGGUUUGGACGAAAAUUUAUAAAUAAUUAUAAGAACAUGUUGUAAUAAUUUUGUUUGUAUUGUGUGAUCUUAGCUUAUGAAAAGUAAUCCCUCGAUGGGUGUGAUGGUGGCGUAAGUUGUCAAUUUAUCAUUGGCAUGUCAAUGUCAUAAAUUUGUCAAAAUCUUAAUGUCAAAUAGAAAUUUCACUGGAGAUUUGCAGGUGUUUUCUAUUUGUGUUAUCUAAUCACUAGCAAUGGGACCCCUAAAAAAGAGUACAGGCCUUGUUGGCAUGGCAGUGGCCCCUAACGCCCAUCAUACACUUGGUUCGCUAUAUGGCAAAAUCUUGAGAGUUCUGCAAAAAAUGCCCGAGUCUGCUGGAUACAGGAAACAUACUGAACCACUUAUUCGUGAGAGAGCUGCUGUGUUGACACAGACAAAAGAUGUGUAUGAGCUGGAGUCGAAAAUAAACUGUGGGCAAGCCGAGGAACUGAUUAUCCAGGCUGAAAAUGAAUUGAACUUGGCUAGAAAAAUGUUGAACUGGAAACCUUGGGAGCCACUUGUAUCUGCCCCUCCCAAAGGCCAGUGGGACUGGCCUCCUACCAAAUCCUAA